CGCUGCGCAACACACAGUCAUAUUAGAUUUUUUCUAACAGCCCUUCGGUCUGUUCUUGCAGCUGCGACCUCAAUGCAUGUGUUGUAUUGUUUUGGUUCGUGAAGUUCCCUGGCUGAUAUUUUAUUUGUCCUAGUCCUACAGACGACUGAGACAGGACUUGCCUGGUCGUGUGGAUAGAGGAGGAGGCCAUGGAGGAGCAGACUGGCUCGCCUGGUGCCAACACAGAUAACAGCAGCCAGAGGAAUGGAGAAGAGAAGCCCAGACGCACCAGCUGGACCAAAGGACGGAAGCGGAAGAAGCCCGUGAAGGACAGCAAUGCGCCCAAGGCCCCGCUGACGGGCUACGUGCGCUUCAUGAAUGACCGGCGCGAGCAGCUGAGGGCGGAGAGACCCGACGUGCCCUUCCCCGAGAUCACCCGCAUGCUGGGCAACGAGUGGAGCAAGCUGCCCCCGGACGAGAAGCAGCGUUAUCUUGACGAAGCGGAGAAGGAUAAGGAGCGUUACAUGCAAGAGCUGGAAAAGUACCAGAAGACGGAGGCCUACAAGCACUACACCCGGAAGGUGCAGGAGAAACAGAAGGGCAAGAGGCACAGGGGAGAUGUUGGCCGCCAGGUAGCCAGCGAGUCUCUUCUGGAGAAAGAUGCUGAAGGAAAGGACAGGUCUGUGUUUGAUAUCCCCAUCUUCACAGAAGAGUUUCUCAACCACAGCAAAUCGCGCGAGGCGGAGAUGCGGCAGCUGCGUAAGACCAACAUGGAGUACGAGGAGCGCAACGCGGCGCUGCAGAAGCACGUGGAGAGCAUGCGCAGCGCGGUGGAGCGCCUGGAGGGCGACCUGAUGCAGGAGCGCGGACGCCACGGCAUGCUGCAGCAGCACCUGGAGACGCUCCGCCAGGCGCUCACCGGCAGCUUCUCCCAGUACCCUCUGCCAGGCAGUGGAGAGAUGCCCACACUGGACUCCAUCGACACUUACAUGAAAAAGCUGCACAGCCUCAUUCUGACCAACCCCCAGGAGCAUGAGGGCCUGAUCAACACCGUCAGAGAGGUGGUCAACCGCCUGGAGAGAAACUGUGGAGAGGUGAUCCUGAGGCUGAGCGUCCACGGGUCCUCAUCCGACUCAUCCGCUCAGACGCCGCCGCCACCACCACCACCGCUGCCACCAAGAGGUCCGUUUGUAGUCCUGUGAGGAAGACACUGCCCAUUUUCUGUCAAUUUUUUAAGUAUCUCAUGCCACAUGUGGAACCGUGAUUGAAUAUUUAUUUCUUUUCUACAGUGAAUCUUUUGUCUUUUUAACUACCUUUAUUUUCUUAUUUUUUAUUUCAAUACUUCUCUUUGCCAUGACAGAGACAGGAAGAGUGCCAAUACUCAUGUCUACUUUGGUCGGUUUUUGUCUAAGGUACAAGUGAGCAGCUGACGGGAGGAGUUUGUUAUUUUAUCUGUCUAAAACCAUGCACACAUUGUUGGCUGAAUGUUUGCUAAUACAUGGUUUUGAACAUUUUUAAUGUCAGUUAGAAAGAAUGUUUUUUUUAAUGUGUCACAUAUUCUGGUUCUGAAAUUAUUUUGUAGCUUGCUGUCACGAAAUAGCUUAAGUGUGACAAAAUGUUUUGUCUAAUAAAGUGCAUUUACAGUAA